GCGCCCAAAACGUCAGCCGAGUCAUUUACUGUCACCGGGAACCUCACAUUCCACCGGUCCCGAUCCCAACACAAACCUCUAAAUGGCUCUAGUAGCACCUCAGACUCCACUCUUCGCCGAGGUGGACAUGGGUGCCGACUCUUCCGCCCCCACCGUCCGGGCCACUGUCGUCCAGGCCUCCACCAUCUUCUAUGAUACUCCCGCUACCCUUGAUAAGGCCGAGAGAUUGUUGGCUGAAGCCGCCGGCUAUGGGGCCCAAUUGGUGGUAUUUCCAGAAGCUUUCGUUGGUGGGUAUCCUCGUGGCUCCAAUUUUGGUGUCACUAUUGGUAAUCGUACGGCUAAGGGUAAAGAAGAGUUCCGCAAGUAUCAUGCUUCUGCCAUUGAUGUACCUGGUCCUGAAGUUGAAAGAUUGGCAGCCAUGGCAGGGAAGUAUAAGGUAUAUUUAGUAAUGGGUGUGAUAGAGAGAGAUGGGUAUACACUGUAUUGCACUGUUCUAUUUUUUGAUUGUCAAGGUCAUUUCCUGGGGAAACACCGAAAAAUUAUGCCAACGGCAUUGGAGCGGAUUAUUUGGGGAUUUGGAGAUGGAUCAACAAUUCCUGUUUUUGAUACUCCAAUCGGAAAAAUCGGUGCUGCUAUAUGCUGGGAGAAUAGAAUGCCUCUUCUUAGGACAGCUAUGUAUGCUAAAGGCAUUGAAAUAUAUUGUGCACCUACAGCAGAUUCCAGGGAUGUAUGGCAAGCAUCAAUGACCCACAUUGCUCUUGAGGGUGGAUGUUUUGUUUUGUCAGCCAACCAAUUCUGUCGAAGGAAAGAUUACCCUCCUCCUCCGGAAUAUGUAUUUUCAGGCACAGAAGAGGAACUUACACCAGAUUCUGUUGUCUGUGCUGGAGGCAGUGUUAUAAUAUCACCAUCAGGAGCUGUACUGGCAGGACCUAAUUAUGAUGGAGAGGCACUCAUCUCAGCAGAUCUAGAUCUUGGAGAAAUAGCGCGAGCAAAGUUUGAUUUCGAUGUGGUUGGGCACUAUUCAAGACCAGAAGUCCUUAGCUUGAUUGUGAGGGAUCAUCCUGCAGCCCCAGUUUCUUUUACAUCAGAGUCAGUGAAAACACAAGCGUUCCAAAAAUAGUUGGAUCCAGAUAUUGGUUGGGUUAUCAUGCAUAUCUUGGUGGCCCUUUCACUAUUAAACAAAUGGAUUCUGGUCUAAUCUGAGUCAAACAUGUAAUAUUGAUGUAUCUAUCCCUUCCAGUCAUACCGACAAGUUUCUUUGUAGUCAAUGUUGUAUGUAUGCAAACUGACAGUCUGUUCUGGCAUCAACCUAUUAUUCUGUUUUUCCUAUUUGUCAAAUGCAAAUUGGAGUUUCUGUA